AUGCUUAUUCGAGUCGUACUUUCUUCUUUUUUUUUUCUAUUUAACCGACUUAGAGAGUUUUUAAAACAUUCUUCCGAUAUUAAUUAUUUCUCUUCUUCUUCUAACCUUUUCUUUUAUCUUUUUUCUUCUUUUCUUCUUCUUCCUCUUUUUUCUUUUUUCUUCUUCUUUUCUUCUUCUCCUUCUUUUAUUCUUCUUUUUUAUUCUUUUAUUCUUCUCUUUUCUUUUCUUCUUUUUUUUUCUUUUCUUCUUCUUCUUCUUCUUCUUCUUCUUCUUCUUCUUCUUCUUCUUUUUUUUUCUUUUUCUUUUCUUUUUCUUCUUCUUUUCUUCUUUUCUUCAUCUUUUCUUCUUUUCUUCAUCUUUUCUUCUUUUCUUCAUCUUUUCUUCUCUUUUCUCCUUCUCAUCUUUUCUUUUUCUUCUCUUUUUCUUUUCUUCCACUUUUCUUCUUCUUUUCUUAUUCCUUUUUCUUCUCUUUUCUUCUUCUUCUUCUUCUUCUUCUCUUCUUCUUUUUCUUCUUUUCUUCUUUUUCUUCUUUUCACAUUUUCCUUUCUCUUUUCUUCUUCUUUUCACCUUCGUUUUUUCUACUUUUCUUCUUCCUUUCUUCUUCUUCUUCUUUUCUUCUUUUUCUUCUUCUUUUCUUCCCUUUUCUUCUUCUUUCUUCUUCUUCUUUUUCUUCUUCUUUUCUUCUUUUCUUCUUUUCUUCUUCCUUUUCGUUUUCUUCGUUUAUUUUUUUCUUCUUAUAGCUUUCCUUUUUUCUUAUUCACUUAUUUCUGA